GUUGGCCUGGUUUCCCACAUAACGAGAUCGGAAGAAGAACGUAUUGUUUACAAUAGGACUCAGUUUUUACGAUGACUCAAUUGUUUUGUCCUUUUCCCCGUUAUUGAUAAUAUGGGUUAAAUUAUAUUUUAAUUGAACAGCAUGUGUAACUCCCCAGAGCCAAGGGGUGAUGUAGGGAGAAUCCAGAUGCAGCUACCUUUGGAAAUAUGGGAGGUCAUUCUCAAAUACCUUCCAUUCUUGGACCUCAUGAAGGCUUCUUCGGUUUGCUAUCAGUGGAGACAGUUAGCCAGAAGAAUCAGUCAUGAGAGGUGUCUCAAUCUACCAACACGUCUUCUUUUAGAACUGAUUCAUGAGUACAAUGUCACCAGCAGCUAUGUACCAACACCUACACGUACACCUACACCAACACCAUCAUCAUCUCCUGUUCUCACACCUCUUAAAGAGAAUGUUGUCCCUGGUUAUCAGUGGGGGUCCUGUUCCGACGGUUUGAUGAUGAGUGAAAAUCAGCGCUUAUUGGCGCCUCUGUUAGGUAUGUAUCAGUACCAAUAAUAUAUUUUCAGUGCU